AAACUCUUGUUGUCAACUUCCUUUCUCCUUCGUUCGUUUCCUUAUCUCCUUUCCCUUGAACCUCCCAAAAGCCACUGAUUCUCUCGUCAUAGAUAUGCGUCUAUCAAGUGUUUUUAGUACUCUAGCAUAAUCAAAACUUUGCGACUCUCUCUCUCUCUCACACACAGAAAUUCCAUCAUUUCUUUCUCCAAUUAGAAACCGAAUAACCAGCUUAAGUAAUCAGUACCAAACAUGAGGAAUUUGAUGGAAACGAACCUAAACACGGCGGUGGCGCCGGUGCCGAUCCCAAACGACAAUGUCACAGACGGCAUCACGCGGCUCCUGGAAACUCCCAAGGGGAGGCUCGUGAGGAUCGAGCUCCUACUCAUAGUCACCGCCUUCUUGCUCCUCUUCCUCGUCACCUUCGGCUCAUGCCGGCGCCGCUGCAGCAGCAGCAUGUUCCAGCUCGUCACUUUCGCGGCCUACAAUCUCUCAACCUAUGUAUUCACCUACGCUUUAGGCCUCAUGCAAGACGCUCCGUUUAACGAGUUAUUCCCUGUCUGGGCAGUGUUACUUGUGAUCAUCCUCGGGAGCACCGAUUCUAUCUCAGCAUACAGUCUUGAGGACAACGAGAGGUGGAAGAGCUACUAUUGGCAGGUCAUCAUCAACUUGUUUUGGUUGUUCUUUUUGGUAGACUGGCAAUUCCGAGACAGUUCCAACACGGGGGCCGGGCUCGCGACCCCGUACCUCCUCUUAAUCUUGUCCUUGACGACUGACGAGAGGGCUCGGGCCUUGAUGGCGGCGAGCCGGCAAUCUUUGGAGAGGACUACAAAAGUGAUUGCUGAUUAUAUGAGCGUGGAGCACGAAAGUGGGGGCGUUGCACCUGGUGAAGUCGAUCCGAUUCGCAUGAGUGGGUACACAUAUUUGGUGAGGGGUGAAGAGGAGAGAUGGGUGGGUACCUUUGCUCUUGCUAAGAGAUUCAUCAAGAGGUGUCUUGGGAAGAAGGAGGCUGCGCUCGCACGGGACCCUCGGACCCCAUUGGAUAACGUAGAUGAAUUAAUCACCAUUGAAAAGGUGUGGAAGUGUGAAGGGAGGCUCUUAAGCUCAGAAGGAGACCCCCACCACAAGAUCAAGGACGUAUGCCUCUCUUUUGCACUCUUCAAGCUCCUCCGUUUAAGAUAUGCUGGCUACACAUUGCCCCAAGAGGCUCACAAGAAGACAUGGGACUUGAUUCACCAUGGAUUGCUCUCGAAAGAAGAUGGCUACAAGCGAGCAUUUCGAGUCGUUGAGAAUGAGCUCACAUUUCUUUUCGAUUUCUUCUACACCAAGUACAGUAUCAUAUUCCAGCCUGGCCGAUUACACCUCAAAUUGCUAGAGUUUCUUUAUGUCACUCUUGGCAUUUUGUCUACAACAUCAAUAUUGAAGAAUUACAAGAGACAUGACAAUAAAAAUCAACUGGGCACUAUGCCAAAUGGGUUGAGCGUCGAAGUAGUCGUGACCAGCAUGAUGAUAAUCUCGUUCAUCCUGAUGGAGCUUAUGCAAUUCAUCUUUGUAGGUUUCUCGGAAUGGGCUAAAGUGAUAUUGAUCUGUAAGUAUGUGCAGAAGAAGUCAUGGCAAGAAAAUGUGUGGAUUGAGAGGAUAGUCGGAGCAAUUUGUCGGGUCAAAUUGAUGAAGCCUUGGGAGCAAAAGCUUCAUCAAUACUCAUUCCUCGAGUCAUACUCAUAUAAGCCUUGCAAGUUAUCGAACAACAAAUCAACGGCAGUCUGCAUUAAUCAAACUAGGGAUGGCCAGAGACAAAGUGCGCCCAUUAAAUUGCCUGAAGAAGUCAAGCAAGCGGUGUUUCAUGCUCUAAAGUCGAAUUACAGUACUAAAUUGGAGAAUGGACAGGCCUCACUAAGAGUAAACAAUGAAUCCAAGAAGUUAUUGUGGGCAUGUCGACUUGAGACACAGACUCGGGUCAUAAUAGUGUGGCACAUCGCCACUAGCUUCUGUGAGUUCCAACUACCAUUGGAAAGAUCAGACUCACCUGCAACAAGGAGGGGUUUUCUAGUGGCAACUAGCUUGUCCAAGUAUCUAGCUUACUUGGUUGCUUUUGCUCCAUCGCUAUUGCCGGAUCAUGCUUACAUUACGGAGUGCUUGUUUGAUCAGGCGAUCAUCGAAGCCAAGGACUUCUUUCAAAAGUGCAAGAGGAUGAAGGACCGGGUUAAGAAGAUGAAGGAGAACAAUAGUGGUCCUUCUGCGUGUGGAGAAACUGUUAUCAACCAGGGUGCUCGGCUCGGGAAUCAGCUCGCUAAUGAUAUAAAACACAAGGACAUGAUUUGGAGGAUUUUAGCUGACUUUUGGGCGGAAAUGGUGUUAUAUGUGGCACCUUCGGACAAUGCGACAGCACAUGCGGAGCAUUUGACCAGAGGAGGCGAGUUUGUGACUCACUUGUGGGCUUUGCUCUCUCACGCAGGGAUUGAAAGAGGUCCUCCUACCAAACAACGUAAUGCACUAGAAAGAAGGAAUAGCUUCUGAACUAGUCCAGUGUUUGAUAGCAUUUGUUGCAAGCGCCUGGUGAUUGCCAUGGUAAAUGGUUGCCUAUGUACGAUUCAUAUGGAUCUCACGCCAGUUAACUGUGCAAUGUCUUUGGCCACAUCACUUGCAGCUCUUACCAUGCAUUAAAUCUAUCCCUACUAUUACAUCAUAUGUAUUAUGCAGAGACAUCUUAUUUUUGGUCUUGUAAUAUAGUUCUAGGAAUAUUUACCUUGAGUUUAUUCCAAAGUGAUGACAUUAUACACAUGACUAGAAUCCUUUUGAUAUAUCAAAGACAUCAAUGCGGAAGGUGGUUCUUGUAGUCAAGAUUAUGUAACAAAGUUUCACAGUACUUAUAGCAUUCUUGCUAUGAGUAAGAUUGAGAACAAUUAUGUUAAAUAGUAAUUCCCCUUGAUCUGGA